AUUUAUAGGCACAUAAGACAGUGUAGUUAUAAGUUUAAACAAGUUGUUGUUAGGCAUUUUAAUUUAAGUGCUGACAUAAUUGUAUUGUACAUAAAAUAUUGUUUAAACGGUGUGUUUUUGUUGAUUGUGUAAACUUACUUUGUUAUAUUUCAGUGGAUAAAUAUAUAGUGGAGAGCAUCUAAGGCGAGACAAUUAAAUUGUCCGUAUCUGGUGUUUAGCAAUGAAUUCAGUGAAACAUAAACCAUUUAGCUUUGUUAAAACAUGUACGAUCGCUUUUCAAAUCAUAAUCUCAUGUUUUAAAUUUCUAACACAAAUCAAUGCAUAUGACUUGUAAUAUUAAAUAUGUAUUGCACGCACACAGAAUGCUUACACACACACACCACACAUCCACAAAGGGAUAAAGUCCAUCCCGUAUGCAAACAUCAAUGAGUAACCUUUACAAGCUUUCUUUUGGGAGGUCACUUCAGCAGCUGCUCUGGUGUUACAGUGAUCAUUUCAUAAACAAGGAUUUUCUCUUACAUAAGCCUGGAUUCAUAAGCAACACCACAACAUUACUGAAAUUUGGAGAAAGCUCAGUGUCUGGCACAAGAUUCAGGGCCAAAGAGAAGGACAGCUAUUUUCUUUAAAGAACAAAUUCCACGGGAGGGAGAGGGGCGGAGAAUGAUGAAGCAAGUGUUGAUUGGGAUUCUGUGUGGUGCUGCCGUCCUGACCGCGGGUAUCCUAAUCGGCCACUAUGGUAUCGCCAAGGGCAACGGCUCCGCACCAUCCUGGGUGAAUGAGGUGGCGAAGGAUGUGGACGAGAGCCUCAUUGAGAGGUUUUUGUCUGAGGUGGACAACAUCCAGAUUCAGGAAAACCUCCGGGAGUUGACCAAAGUGCCCCAUCUGGCCACCACAGCUGGAGACGAGCAGACAGUACAGUUAAUGCUGAAGAGAUGGCAGGACCCCGAAACGGGUCUGGACCAGGCCUGGAGAGAGGAGUACAUGGUCUACCUGUCUUUCCCUGACCCCAAGAAACCCAACAAGGUCACCGUAGUGAGCUCCUCUGAUACCGUGCUGUACACUGCGAGAGAAAAAGAGAAAAGUUAUACUUCGGACCAAGACGAUCCUGAGGUGGUUCAGCCAUACGCUGCAUUCUCCCCUGCUGGACAGCCAAAGGGGAAGCUGGUGUACGCCAACCAGGGGAAACCAAGUGACUACCAGAAGUUGAACGAGACAGUGGACCUGAGAGGAACCAUCGCAAUCACCAGAUAUGGCGGAGCAGGAAGAGCUGCUAAAGCCAUCAAUGCAGCACCCUACGGAGUCAUUGGUGUGCUUGUCUACACAGACCCUUCGGACAUCAACGAUGGUCUCAUGUCGGACAGCAAUGAGACGUAUCCUCACUCCUGGUACAUGCCGCCGUCUGGUGUGGAGAGAGGUUCUUUUAGCACUAACUAUGGAGACAUGCUCACACCCUACCUGGCUGCCAAAGAGGAAACCUACAGAAUUCCAGUCGAGAACAUCACUGGGAUCCCUCCCAUUCCAAUUCAACCAAUCGGAUUUGAGGAUGCCUACAAGCUAAUCUGUGAGCUAGGUGGAACAGUAGCUCUUGUUUCAUGGCAGGGAGCGUUCAACUGUACCUACAACGUUGGCGGUCCAGGGUUCAAACCAACAUCUGCUUUCAACAACAGUGAUGUGAAACUGGACAUCUUCAACCAUGAAGAGUUGAAGAACUCCUCCAAUGUGAUGGGAGUCAUCAGAGGGAGUGUUGAGCCAGACAGGUAUGUGAUCUAUGGGAACCACAGGGACAGUUGGGUCCACGGUGCCAUCGACCCGAGCAGUGGGACGUCGGUUAUGCUGGAAUUAACUAGAGUGCUGGGCAUGAUGGUGAAGCAGGGCAAAUGGAGGCCUCGCAGGUCCAUUAUCUUUGGAAGCUGGGGAGCGGAGGAGUUUGGCCUUAUUGGGUCUGCAGAAUACACAGAGCAAUACUUCACAAAGCUCAGUGAGCGAACGGUUGCUUACAUCAAUGUGGACAUAGCUGUUUUUGCCAACGCCACUCUCAGGGCUUCUGGGAUGCCGUCACUUCAGAACGUCAUCUUCAAAGCCGCAAAACAAGUCUAUGCACCUGGACUGGACUCCACAUCUGUGUACGACAACUGGAUUCGAUAUGCCAACAGGACAAGCUCGACCCACGGAACCAUUCCCAAGGUGGGAUACUUGUCCGGAGCAGGGAGUGAUUACGCUGCCUUUGUCCAUUACCUGGGAAUCACUUCCAUGGACAUUUCGUACACAUACGACAAGAGUAAAACGAAUGCUCGGAUAUACCCAGCGUACCACACAGCAUACGACACCUUUGACUACGCUUCAAAGUUCAUUGAUCCUGGAUUCGUCAGUCACCAGGCCAUUGCCAGGACAGCAGGAAACGUCCUGAUCCGGCUGGCUGACAGCCUGGUGUUGCCCUUAAACUGCAGUGACUACGCAGAGACACUGGAGGACUACCUCAACACAGCAGUCACCCUUUAUCAGCCCAAACUGCAAGCUAAUGGUAUCUCCAUGGAACCACUCAAAAACGCAGUGGCCAGCUUUCGCAGUGCGGCUACCCGAUUGGACCAGGUGAUUCACAGUCCCGACCUGGCAAAUGAAACACCUCUGGCGGUCAGAAGGAUCAAUGACCAGCUCAUGCUGCUGGACCGAGCCUUCUUGGAUCCUCUGGCCUUCCCAGAUAAACAUGCAUUCAGGCAUGUUAUUUGGGCCUCAAGUAGUGCCGGCCAGCCAACCUUCCCGGGUCUGGCUGAUGCCUAUGCCAGCGCUGAGUCAUCAGGACACUCCAGCGCCUGGGCCAAAGUGCACUACCACCUGUCAGUCCUGAGCCAGGCCAUCGAGGGCGCUGCCCACACACUGGUUGACGUCAUAUAGACGAAGAGGAGGAAGGAGGAAGGAACUGUCCUCAAUUUUUUUAAAGACGGGGACCUGCAGCCAAUGAGCUCGGCCAUAAUGAGAGUAUGGAUUAUAUAAAGUGAGGGCGUUUAGUAACAAAUGAGCAAAGCUCAUUGCCAAACAGCGACAUGAAUGGUGUCUUCUAUCCUCGUCACGGGAUUAGAAUAUUUUAGAAUGAUGCAUGUUUUUUUUAUUACAGCUCUUCACUUCAGAUGAACCACUGUUAAUACAGUUGUAGUUUAUUUUCAUGUGCACACCAACUGUUCAAAUGUGCUUACACUACAGAUUUAAAGUACCUGUUUUACUAAUACUUUCAAACAUUGUGUAAACAACAGGAAGUACAAGAACAAUAAUUAAGAAAAGGCUAAUG